CGCCCCCAGCCACCCGCGGGCACCGUCGCCAGGCCUCCCGGCCUCCAGCCCCCGCGCCGACGAUCGAUGGAGCGGGACCCCAGGUCUACUGCUGUGUCCCCCAUGAGACUCGGUAUGGUGAGCACGUAGGGGACUCCAAGCAUGCAGGAAGGCAGGUGGUGUGGAACAUGCCUCCACCACCCAGUGCUUCUGCUGCCCACGGCCGCACUCACCUAUGCCCAUGGCCUGCACGGGCCUGUCGCUCUCCAGAGCCUUUGACAUUCUAGGUGCUGCAGGCCAGGACAAGCUCUUGCAUCUUAAGCACAAGCUGAAGACCCUGCGCCCAGGCUGCCGGGGGGCGGACCUCCUGCAUGCCAUGGUGCUCCUGAAGCUGGGCCAGGAGACCGAGGCCAGGAUCUCCCUGGAAGCGCUGAAGGCGGAUGCGGUGGCCCGGCUUGUGGCCCGCCAGUGGGCCGGCAUGGACAGCGCCGAGGCCCCAGAGGAGCCCCCAGACUUGUCCUGGGCAGUUGCCCGGGUAUUCCACCUGCUCGCUGAGGAGAAGCUGUGCCCGGCCACUCUGCGGGACAUGGCCUACCAGGCUGCCCUCCAUACGUUCAGCUCCAGGGAUGACCACCGGCUCGCAGAGCUCCAGGGAGAGGCCCAGGACUGCUGUGGGUGGGGUAUCAUCGGGGACCCAGGGAGCUUCCAGCCCCUUCACUCUGAUCUGGGCUGCCUGCCACCAUCCUCAGUGUCACCCUCGGGCACCCGCAGCCUUCCCCAGCCCAUCGAGCACCUUUCAGGCUGGAGCAGAGGGCGUUCCCUGAGAUCCACCGGCAGCCCCGCCUCCCUGGCCAGCAAUCUGGAAAUCAGCCAGUCGCCCACCAUGCCCUUUUUCAGCCAUCACCACAGCUACCACAGGCCCAGCAAGCUGUGUGACGAGCCCCAGGCCAGCCCGGUGCCCGAGCCUGCCCCCAUGGGCUGCCAGGAGCCUGAGGAGGUGAGCUGGCCACCCUCGGAAGAGACUGUCAGCCCCCCAUCGAUGGAGACUGCCAGCCCCCCACUGGGGGAGACUGUCAGCCCCUCAUCAGGAGAGGUGGUUAGCCCCUCAUCCGGGGAGAGUGCCAGCCCCCCAUUGGGGGAGGCUGCCGGUCCCCCAUCGGGGGAGACUGCCAGCCCCUCAUCGGAGGAGGCUGCCGGUCCCCCAUCGCGGGAGGCUGCGGGUCCCCCAUCGGGGGAGACUGCCAGCCCCUCAUCGGGGAAGACUGCCAGCUCCCGGAUGCUACCAAACAGUUCAGCCCCUAGGCUUACUGAGCUGGUCCCAGAUGCAAGCCCUGGCCAGCCCGACUCCCCCAAAGCUCUGGAAAUCAACACCUACUACCCGGUGGAGUGCACAGAAGCAUUGGCAGCCCCCAAAUCUCUCUCCUUGCCCUCCAGAAACACUUGCCCUGACAAGGACCAGCCCCCACUCCCACUUCCUGUAGAAGAUACGGCUUCCCAGGUGGCCAGCUCAUGCCCACCUGCGCCUUCAGCCCUAAGGACGUCCCCUCCCUGCCCUUCAUCAUCGACCUCUUCUUCCACUGGUCUGGCCUCCUCCAGCCCGUGCCCCCCUUCUCCCGAGUUGGAGUCAGAGCAGAAAUUCUAUAACUUUGUGAUCCUGCACGUUGCGGCGGAUGAACACAUUGCCCUACGAGUCCGGGAGAGGCUCGAGGCCCUGGGGGUCCCUGAUGGGGCCACCUUCUGUGAGGAUUUCCAGGUGCCCGGGCGGGGCGAGCUGCGCUGCCUUCAAGACGCCAUCGAACACUCGGCCUUCACCAUCCUGCUGCUCACCCCCAAUUUCGACUGCCACCUGGGCCAGCACCAGGCGGGCCAUUCGCUGAUGAGCAGCCUCACGCGGCCCGGGUGGCAAGACUGCGUGAUCCCCUUCCUGCCCCUGGAGAGCUCCCAGGCCCAGCUCAGCCCCCACACGUCCAGCCUGCUCAUCGGCCUGGUGUGGCUGGACGAGCACUCCCGGAUCUUCGCCAGGAGGGUGACCAACACCUUCAAGCCGCAGACACUACGAGCCCGCAAGGCCCACUGGAGGAAGGAACAGGACGUGCGGGCCCUGCAAGAGCAGCGCCGGCGCCUGGAGGGCGAGCAGCAGCAGGUAGCGGCACUGAACGCCGCCUACUCGGCCUACGUCCAGAGCUGCUUGUCCUGGCAGGCGCAGAUGGAGACGCUCCGGGUGGCCUUCGGGAGCCACAUGCCACUUGGGACUCAGGUGCCCCCCAGGGGCCCGGGGCCUCUGGGCGCCCCCCCGCCCUUUCCCUCCUGGCCGGGCCAUCAGCCGCCACCUGAGCCUCCGUGGCCGGCCGGCUCGCCCGCGGCCGCCUUCCCGCCGCCCCCCGCCUUCCCGCAGGCCGGCCCGGCGCCCCCUCAGAGCCCCGGGCUGCAGCCCCUCAUCAUCCACCACGCCCAGAUGGUGCAGCUGGGCCUCAACAACCACAUGUGGAACCAGAGAGGGACCCAGGCGCCCGAGGACAAAACGCAAGGAGCAGAGUGACGGGGUGGCUGGGCCCGAGGACCCGGACCUUGGGGACGCCCCCCACCGUUUCCGGGGGGCGGGGGGGCAGAGGAGCGUGACGUCAUCGGCCGCUCUCCGGAAACUGCGAAAUGGGCCCUGACGACUUCCUGGCGCGCAGGGUGGCCAGAAUUGGAUGUGGCAUUUACAAAUUCUCACCUGGGUGGUGGUGGGGGGAGUGGGCUGGGGGAUGUGG